AUGAACCGAGGAGUGAAGCACGGGCGCGUCGAAACCCCCUCGCCGGCACCCAGCAGCCGAGAGAGCACCUCGCCUGCUCCGCUUGCAGAAUCGCUGCCGGCCGCGACUAAUGUGCGAACAUCAAAAAGGCAAGAAGCAAAGAAGUACUUGCCAGAUACGCUCCUACCAGAGAGCGCGGCUUCUACAUCGGUGUACAGCGAUGAGUCGUUUCACAUUGAGAGCUCACGAGAGCGUGAGGAAGCAGUCCUCGCUGAGGGCCGCUGCCUCAGUGGUGAUGCGCUCAAGAACUUCCUUCAGAAGAACUUUGUGGACUACAUAGAUGAUGAGUUGUUUGACGUAGCGGCUUUGGAAGCUCUCGAGGACUAA